GUUGUAGUAGUAGUUUUGCCCAAAAAGGGAAAAAAUGUUGUAAUAUUGGUUAUAACACUACUAGUUCCUAGUUUUAUAUGGUUACUUGAUUUUAUGAAUAAAUUUUAUCUGCGUAUAGUACUUUAGAUGAUGAUGUCCAUGUCUGUUCGACAUAGGAUCUGGAACUCCUCAUGUUGCUAUGUUGUUGCAUUUUACAUUGGGCUAUUAUAUUAUGUGAUGCUGCAUGCAGUCCUUGUACUGAUAUAAUGUUUAGGGGUUACUAAUGCUUCUUUUUACAUUUGGGUGCAUGCUACUGAGUUCUGAUGUCGAAGUAAUAUUGCAUUUUGUUUUUACCUUUUGCUUGACUCAGGUGGUAAGGGUGCCCAAAUAUUUGGGCAGAUCUCUUACCUCUUGGGUUCAAGUGUUGAAAAUGUAACGUAAGACUAAGAAAGAAAAUGUGAAAAACCAAAGAUCAUUAGCAUUGUUAGUGAUAGGAGAUAUGAAGCCAAUGUGUAGGCGUUCAUUCAUUGCAAUUAAGUUUGUUUCCAUCUUGAUGCGUUCAGUUAAAGAUGACAGGCUAGACUUUAUUUAUGAAAUCUGUUUUUACUUUUUCUGUGAAGCAAGAAGCAAUAUCAGUGGUUUACUCACGUUAUAGUUAGUGGAGACAGAAAUAAGUCUUAUAUAGGGAAUAAGAAAUGUAUUGAUAUCCUAAUUCCAAACGACUGAAGGAAAGAAAAAAAGGAAAAAUCACAUUCAAAAAAAGCAUGGAAGAUAGCAAUUAAUCCCCCUGUGUGCUGAACAGGAAAAUCCCUAUUAAACAAAAAAUUAAUUGAAAACCGUAAAGAAGCUUGAGGAGCAACUUCUUCCAUAUGAGUGGCAGCAUUAUUCAUUUAUUUUAGUAAUCAAGAUAGUUCUCUCUAGCUAUAGAACGACUGUUUGCGCAUAUUCUUGAAGGUUUGCCUUCCAUUACAAAAGCCUAUGUGAUGAUGAGCUAUUAGAAUAGUUGAAAGUUUGAAGCUGGAACUCAAAGAACAGGGUUUCUGCAUUCAAUUACUAAAAAUUUGUAUGAAUUUUAUGCCAUACAGGCUGAAGAAAAUUAAAACAAAUUCAUUUGUAAAACUGGGAAGGGAAGUAACAAAGCUGAAACAAGAUUAAUUCACUAACAAAAUGAUUCAUAUUUUGUGAAAGCAGGGGAAAAAACACUUCAAACCUGGUCUUUAGUGUUUAGGGGCAUGAUUCUGGUUUCUUACACAAACAAUUUGUUAAUAACUUUAUGUGUAUAGAUGGAUGCUAUUAUCUGUUUCUUAAUUAUUAUAUUAAUUUCUAAAACAUUUUUACCUUGAUAUUGCACUAAUGUUGUAGAAGCAAAAAAUGAUGGAGCCAGAGGUAGUGGAGGCAGAGAUAGUGUUGCCAACCUACCUUAGUUUUAAACGGGUGCAAAUGUAUGAGAAAUACCCCAAGGGCCAAUCCAGAGGCAGGCACUGGAAACAUCUUAAGCAGAUCAUUCAAUCUGAGAAUUACUCAAAUUACCCACCCGAUGAGCCUACUUAUAUCAGUAUUGAGUCACCCCCUUCUAUGCAUCCCUGUAAGAGAAUUUGUGACAUUACAGGAUUUGAGGCACCUUACUAUGAUCCUAGGACUAAACUCCGAUAUGCAAACGCCGAAGUUUUUAGAACAGUGAGAUCGCUUCCCAGUGAGUAUGUACAGAAGUACUUAGCUCUGAGGAAUGCUGCAGUUGUUCUUAAAUAAUUGUGUAGUAUUUCCACCAAGCAGCGUCCUUUUCCCCAUUGGCCUUUUGACUUUUUUCUGUUUUUGGUUCAACUUCUGAAUUGAUUUUGUAGGUUCUAAAGUUUGUUUAUAGGCCCAUUACUAUGUACAGUGGAUCCCUUGCGAAAAAAGAACGUCUUCGUUGUCAAUUUCAUGAUGUACUAAGAGGGUGUUUGGAUAUCCCAUAAUCACUUAAAAAUGUAUUUUCAUGCAAGUCGA